AUGGCGGAAAAAGCGGAUUUGCUUUCCCUUGGAACACACUGUAGUUUAAAGGAUUGUAAACGGCUCGACUUUCUACCUUUCAGAUGCUCACAUUGCAAAGAGAUUUUCUGGUAAGGGUUUUUUAAAAUAUUUUACUGAACACUUCUGACUGCUUUCCAGUGGUGGAUGUUCUUCCCCCACAGUGUAACUUUCAUUUUGGGGCUAGCUUUAACUAGUCCCGUUUGUAGUGUUAUUUACAAUGUAGAGUCUCAGCCUCUUUUUUUGAGCCAGAAAGAUGCCUUUCUGACCUUUUUUUUUUCAAAGUUUCGGCUCGACCAUUGGCCAUGUUUAAAGUUUGAAACUUGAAACUACAUUCAGCUUUUGCUUCUCUACUGUACUAAUUUAUUGUUCAGCUAUUAGGUAUUUAAUAUUUAAAUUCUUCUUUUUUAUGAGCAAAUUAAUAACAGAAAGGAAAUGAUGAUUUUACAAAGGAUGAUUAUGCUCCUUGCUAUUUCCUGUUAACUUGUGUUUCUUGUUUCUUACUAGUUUGGAUCAUCGCACACCUGAAGGCCAUCAAUGUCCAGAUGUCGUUACAUCUGAUGUACGUAGUGCCAAAUAAAAAGUAACAGUUACUUUAAUUUUACUCCAGCCUGCCUUUUGCAGAGACUGGGGGUUUCAAGUGGUCUUGAUAAAACCCAUCCCUGACACUACUGCCUGAAAAGUUCCAGUAACUUUCAAAGAGAACCAGUCCCUUGAGCGGGAGGAUGUUGGUUCAAACCAGAACUCAGGGGCGGAUCUAGGGGGAGGGUGCAGGGGGUGCGCACCCCCCCCCCCCGAGAUGACCUGCAGUUUUCUAAUACAACUGGUAUUCUGCAAAAAAAAAACUAUGUGGUUUAUUGGUGUUGAAGUAGAGCGAGAGACGAGUGCACCCCCUCCUAAAAAAAAUCCUGGAUCCGCCCCUGAGAACUGGAUUAUAAACCAGGUUCUUUGGUUCCUUAAAAUACUGGUCAUCGCUUUAUGUAAGGGAAUACAGAUUCUGGAAUCCAGGAAAUGUUUGAUUGCAGAAUCUGGAAUCUUGGAAUUUUUUCCUUGUGGAAUCCAAAUUCCUGGGCUUUGAAAUCCAGAAUACAGUAUCUGGAAUCCAAACUUCACAGGGUGAAGUCUAGAAUGGAAGACUGUCUUGGAUUUCCUUACAAUAGGGUGAUGGUAAGAUCGGGCUGGCUGUGAUUUAAGACCUUGUUUCAGUUCAGAUGAUCACAUCAUUGGGUGGUGAAGUUAUGCUGUUGGCCUUGUCUUCUUUAUCAUUCAGAUUUUAUUGCUCAAUGCUAAAGAGCCCACCCUACUGUUUGAAAACAGUAGGGGAUGUUUCCUGGUGGCAUGGUCUACCUUUCAAACAUCAUUUAUAUCGUGGGCUGCUUAUAUGCUGACAUCCGAGCUUACUGUUAAGAUGUUAAUACGUUAUGUGUUUUUUAUGGAGCGGACAUGUCUUUUGUCCUCUCAUACUUGACAUUUUAUCCACUCGUUCAUUCAUACUGCUGUAGCAGCUAUGUGUUGUAUGUCAGCAGCACAAAUUUGUUGUACUUUUUGCUAAUUUCUGGCUUCUCAACCAACAGGUUCAUGUUCCUGUUUGUCCGAUCUGUAAUCAAAUCAUAAAGAAAUCCAAAGAUGAAGAUAUCAAUAGACAGGUGAGCAAUUAAACUAAUCAUAUUUGUCUGAAAUGUGGUCGUACUUACUGACAGUGAGUCACAUGUUAAAUAUGGAUCUUGGCAAAUUGUUAGAAGUACCUCUAAUUAAAGCUGCAUUCACUUAAAAUGCCAACAUUUGGUGGUGGUUUAUGGGAUGUUGUCAAACCACAGUGGUCUCCAUUAUGAAAAGGUCACAUAUCUUUUCAUUUACUAAAAGAGUAGUGCACAAAAUUCCUGAUUUUCCAUAUGAGCAGUUGCCAUGUUUUCUACAAAUUUUUUUGACUUAUACUGUGAGUUUCAUAGUACAUACAGCAAACUUAGGCAUCAGACCAUGAAGUUUUUGCUUGUAAUUGCUUGUCACCCUAACAAGUGGCCAUGGUUGUUCAUGAGUUAUUUAAGAGGUUAACUUAAAAUUGAUUUGACUAGGAAUUUUUUUUGUUUUGGAAAUGUGGUUGCUUACAAAUGGCGAUCUCUUGCAUUGAUUUUAAGAAGUUUUCUCACAUAGAAGUGGACUGUAAAACAAAAAGUGGACUGUAUUAUUUUACAACUGGAAUAUAUUGUGCUGGCAUUUAAGGAUGAUGUUUCAGUAUCGUGUGAAAAAACAGGAAAGCAAAGGAGUAGUGAUGUCACUGGAGGGCAUUAACGGCUGGUUGAUUCAGACAUUACUGAGGGAGUAAAAACAACUUGAAGUAAUCGUCUGAAAUUCAGGCUAUUCAUUGAAAUUUCAAAUCAUACCUAAUAAAAGUUAUACUUUUCCUUUUUUAAAAAAAAAACAAAUUAACAAAUCUUAAACAGUGGCAUGCAAGUGUGAGAUGGUUGGCCGAUUUCACCCUCAUUGUACAACCACUCAUUGCAGUUGUCAUUGUGUCGUUUGUUUUACAUGAAAUAGGUAGAACAGCAUAUUAUGAGUGGCUGCAAGACCCUGGUUCUUGGAAAACCAAAGAAAAGCAACAAGUGUUCUUUGAAAACUUGUCGGCAGCAUGGUCUUAUGCCAUUUGUGUGCCCUGACUGCCGUAGGAACCACUGUAUAAGGUGAGAAACAUUUGAUUGACAUUUACAUUAUGAAAAGAAGUCAGUGUUUUUUUUCAUUGGUAUUAUGCAUAGAACAUUGCAAUUCAAUGAAUCAGCCCAUUUGCUGCUAGAAACUUUUCUCCCAAAAAUGCCAUUUGAAGCUAGUGAAACCUUUAUCUUAUGACAAGCUCUCCAAAAAGUGACUUUAGCUUAAUCAAGUGCUAAAGUAUGUCUUGGCUGCACAGGCUAAUGAAAAAGAAGCCAAUGAUCCAAAAUGUGAUUAAUUUUUACAAGUUGAACUAACGCUAUGCUUGCUUUCAUUCCUGGUGCACGAAGUUGACUCUGCAAGCUUGGAUUUUUUUCUGCUCACUUUUUUUUUUUUGCUCCCCUUCCUUGUUUCUCAUUUUUGCAGGCCUUUAGUGAGCUUUCAAUAUAAGUAUUAUAAAUAUUUUAAAGAUAGUAGGGGUGUUAGCGGAUAUAUGUAUCAAAUUUUUUUUCCUGUGAAUGACUCAACACUUAAUCAUGCUCAUUUGGGCAAAUGAUGUCACUUGAUAAUUUUGUGCAACAGUUCAAACACCAAAAAAGUAAACAAACAAACAUUCACAUCUGUUUUGCAAAAAAAUUCCAGCCUUUUUUCAUUGUAAUGUCUGGGCAAUACCCUGGGUGCCAGAGACUUUUUAUGCACAGUCUCCAGUUCCUGUCACGUCUUUGUAGUGACACGCCAACACCGAAGUAUUCCUCCACAUGCAGUCAGAAAAAGUUCUCUGGUACCCGGGAUAUGUAUGCAAAGACCUGUAUGUCUUACAAAAAUUGAAAUGACUUCUUUUUUUUUCUUUUUCAGGCACAGGCAUGCAGAAGAUCAUCUUUGUACUGCUUUACAAGUGCCAAUUAUAUCCUGUGCUUGA